AUGGCCUGUAGGCGGGGGCGCCAGUGCAGCACACAGCCUGUGGGGCGAGGGCUAGGCGAAGAAUCACUGGACCUGUUGAGAGGUUUCCAACAAUGUGCUCGGGCAGCCAGCUACAACUCUUCCUAGCAAUCCUGCUCACUCGAGCGUGUUCUGGUUUUGCUGUGCAGGAGAUCCAGACUGACCACGAAACCAUUCUGAAGAUCAAUGCUGCUGGACAGAUUAUGCAGUGCUCGGCAGCCAUGGAUGUCCUGUUCGUGAUGGAUGGCUCCUAUAGCGUUGGGAAAGGUGGCUUUGAGAGGUCCCGCCACUGUGUCCUAAAGCUGUGUGAGGCUCUGGACAUUGGCCCUGACAUGGUGCGGGUCGGGGUGCUCCUGUUCAGCUCCUCCCCCAGGCUGGAGAUCUCUUUGGACUCCUAUGGCAGCAGAGAGGAGCUGAGGAAACGCAUCAAGAAGAUCCAGUACAGAGGAGGGAGUACUCAGACAGGUCUGGCUUUGAAGUACGUCUUGAAGAAGGGGUUUCCCAGCAGACACAACUCCACCGUGCCUCGUGUUGUUGUCCUCCUCUCUGAUGGAAAGUCCCAGGGUGCUGUGCAGCUGGCUGCCUCAGAGCUUAAGCAGACUGGGGUCUCUCUGUUCGCCGUGGGCCUUCGAUAUCCCAGGUGGGAAGAGCUGCACUCUCUGGCCAGUAUUCCCACAGAGAGUCACGUUUUCUUUGCUGAGCAUGUCCUGGAUGCUGUGAACGGGUUGUGCACGGCCCUCACCGCUGCCUCCGCCUGCUCGGCCGUCCCCUCAGGGUGCAGGGUGGAGUCUUAUCCCUGUGUGCAGAAAACCCUGGAGACAGUGAAGGAGCUGCAAGGCAGCUUCAUGUGCUGGAAGGGCACCAGGGGCUACUUUCCAUACACCUCAUUAUGUCCCUACUACAGAUAUACCAACGCUUACAAGCCAUUCCCCACUGUCUGUCACCGAACAGUAUGUUCAGACCCUUGUGAUUCCCAGCCGUGUCAGAAUGGGGGGACAUGUGUGUCCGAGGGACUGGGGAAGUACCACUGCGAGUGUCCUACAGGUUACGGUAGUGACCCCAGCUGUGCUCCUCUGCUCACACUGGACUGCUCUGUGGACAUGCUCUUCCUGGUGGAGAGUUCGAGCGCCCUGACGCUGGAGGGCUUCCUGCGCUUCAAGUCCUUCCUGAAGCGCUUCGUGCAGGCCGUGCUGACUUCGGAAGCCCCCGUGAAGGUGGGCCUGGCCCAGUACAGCGCCGAAGCCAGGGUGGAAGCCAGGCUGGGCCAGUACAGGGACCCGGUGAAGCUGGCGCAGGCCGUGGAGGCUCUGCGGUACCAGAGCAGGGAGGCGAAGACAGGCGAGGCCCUGCGCUACGUCACGCGCCACGGCUUCCAGAGCUCCCCCGUGUACGCUGAUGUCCAGGAUGACUUGCCUCGCGUGCUGGUGCUCCUCACUGGCACACCGUCGGCAGACGCGGUCGUGGAGCCGGCCAAAUACGCGCGGGACAGGGAGGUGUUCAUCAUCGGCAUCGCGCCGGACAGGAUGAAGGCCGAGGUCAACAACAUCACGGGAAACCCCCAGCGCACCAUCACAUUCAGCUCUCCGGACAGGCUGAUGGCCAAGAUCCCUGAGCUCAAAGCCAAGAUCUGCAGCGUGGACAGCCAGGGUUGUCUGGGCCAGGCGGUGGACCUCGUCUUUGUCCUGGACGCCUCUGGAAAUGUGGGGAAGGACAACUUUGUCCACCUGCAGGACUUUGUGCGCAGCGUCUCAGUGCAGUUCGACGUGAACCGCGACGUGGCUCAGCUGGGGCUGGUGGUGUUCGGCCGGCGGCCGGUCACCGUCUUCCAGCUGGACGGCCACGCCUCGGGCUCGGCCGUGCUGGCUGCCGUGAGCAAGGCGCCCUUCCUCGGGGGGAGGGCAUCCACAGGUUCGGCGCUGCUCCACGUGCACUCUCACAGCUUGACGGUGGGCAGGGGUGCACGGCCGGGCGUGGCCAAAGCCGUGGUGGUGCUGACGGACGGCUCGGGGGCGGAGGACGCGGCCGUGCCCGCCCAGCAGCUCCGCGACAGCGGCGCGGCCGUGUUUGUCGUCGGCACAGGGGACACGCAGCACGACGGCCUCGUGCGCAUCGCCGGCUCGGAGGAUCACGUGAUCGUGGUGCCUUCCUACGAAGACCUGAAGUACUCGGAGGAUGUGCUGGUGCAGUUGGUUUGUGCAGAUGCGAAGAAAACCGUGGACCCAUGCAGGCCCAACCCCUGCAUGAAUGACGGUGUGUGCGUCCUAUCAAACCGGAGCUACCGCUGUGACUGCCAGGGGUGGGAGGGCCCCCACUGUGAGACGCAAAGCAGACGCCUACCCUCCAGAGGAGAUCUCCCCAGAGCCGCCAGACAGAGGAGUCCACAGCACCUCUAUAGAGAGCAGCGCAGGGGACACGUUGGUCGAUUGCAAUGAUCAAACAGAUAAAACGUGCACAUGCACACGCAUUAAGAAAAUUGGCAUUAUUACUAAAAGAGUACCAUCCUAAAAGAGUGCCAUCUUGCCAAACAGGAUAAAGGGAAACACUUAAAAGGAAGCAUGUGUUCUGUGAGAUUUAGACUGGCUCACUGUCAACUACCUAGUGCAGGAUGACAGGAUACAGGGGGUGUGGGGGGUGUUUGGGCCUGCUGCUACUCCUACCCAGCAUGCACUAGUGAACAUAUCAUUACGCUCACAGUGAGGGAGGUGAAACUCCCACUUCCUUUCUGUUUGUUUAAAGUUAAGAGUGCAGUCAUGAAAGCGGAAUCGACUCAUUGCCUAAAUGUGCUAUCAUUUAUAAAAAUUACUUUACUUCUUUACAUCAGCAGCUUUUAUAGAAAUGUCCAUGUUGAUUAGAUAAUGGGAUCUGUUGUCCAGUUUUUCUUUGCAUUGUUUAAGAUCAGUUUCAAACAGUUGUUUCCUGACUGUUUGCGACCUGUUAAUAUUUGAUGACCAGAAAAUGUCUGCUACAAAAAAUGUCUCUGACGGGAGGCACAUGUCAAAUAUUUAUUUUGUAUGCAUAGCUAUUGUUUGUCUGAACUGUAAAAAUAUUACAUUUUCUAACAUGUUUUGGAUGCCUUAUAACGCAAUGUUGUACAUACUAAUCAUACUUUACUUUUGGUGCCAUCUCCCGGAGACAACGAAUACGCUGAACAUUGUUUUGGGUUUGUGACGUUUCAGAAAUAUUUGGAUAAAGAUUAAGAUAAGGUACAGGUGCAUGGGUGCGUAUUCAUACGUCAACAUUUUUUUUCAGUACAGAUUUUUAUUUGAAUAAAAAGUGCAUUUUUAGCUAGCAUACAGUAAUAUGUCAAACUGGAACUGAAUUUGUAAUAUGUAUUUACACCUAGGCUACCAGCAUACAUGAACCAAGCCACAAUCAAGACUGUAACCAAAUGUUGAGGGAAAUGGGACCCUUUGUAGCAUGCUGCAAUGAGAAACAAAUGGCUUUCACAGUUCUCCCAUCUUCUGACCUUCCUUAACUGUAACAAACAAACAACCCCCCCCCCAAAAAAACCCCAGCCCACAGCUUUCUGUGAUGUGCUCAUAUACUGUUAAAAUGUAUUCAAAUGCCUUCCUUUUUUUAAAAAUAAAAAGAUUUAAAUAGAGCGA